UUAGUAAAUUAUUGAUGUGGAUAGCUUACAUAUUGAGAGGAAUCUUUAGUGGGGUUUAACUUUAUAAGAGUAUAAGAUUUUGGGUUUUGAUGGGGAAGUAAACAAGGCCUAGAUAGGCCCAAUUUCACUGUGAAGGCCCACAUCCUUGCGAUAGCAAAAGCUUCGUCGUCCUCCUUUUUUUUUUCCAAUUGAAUUCAUCCAAUCCAAUCCAAUCCAAUGUCCUCGUCGUGACUAGUAAGCGGGCGGAACUCACAAACUGUAGAUCAGAGAGUAUCAGACGAUCGGAUCGGAUAGAUUCACUUCAAUUGUUUCCCCUUCCCUUGGUGAUCGCUCGUCGGCGGCGAAUCCAAGUGUGUGUUCAUGGUGGGUGGCAGCGUAUCCAUGUCUUACGGCCGCCGCGACUUCACCCGGCGGCUGUCCAGUCUGCGCACCUCCUUGGCAUCGGAUUCUGAAGCAGGCAUGCGCGGCGGGCGCGACUGCUUACUCCCUCGUGGCGGCGGCGGCGCCGAUGGACUCUCCUCCGCGGUGAAGGAGAAUCUCGCAGGAUUGGAACCUUUUGUCGACGAGGCAGAGCGAUUGGCCAAGGAGGCGGAGCGGAUGCGGUAUCUGCGGGAGAAGGCACGGCGGAAGGAACAGCGCGAUCGGGAGCGGGUGGCGGAAGAUCGCAUCCGCGACUUCGAUCCCAAGCAAGGCGGCGAAUACUUCACCAGACUGCAGUUCGUCGAUCUCACAAGAUUCGAUCUCGACGAGGAGUCACCCCGUGGACCGAUGAGAUUUACUGACGCUGUCUACAAAAGUAAGGACGAUUAUGAGCUGUGCGAGGGGAUAAACAUCUUCUCUGUCAGAAUAGCUACCUCGGAUGUUGGCUUCCCGAUCCAUGUGUACGGCACUGUCAUUGCCCGAGAUAGUCUAGAUAAAAAGUGUGUUUAUAUCUUCCGGCGUGAGAGAGAUCAAUGCCAACUCAUCAACUCUGAGGAUGAAUCUUUGUUCUUGACGGGUCCAAAACGAGGACUCGCGUUGAUAGGUGAAAACUAUGUUGAGAUUGAUUUGAAGAUUAAAGAUCAUCAAGGGCAGGACAAAGAACUUAGUAAAGGAAUCAUAUCGAUCCCUGGCAUAGAACGUCGAGACUUGGAGCAAUGUGAGAUUGAAAGUGGCUCUCUUGCUACAAGACUUAGUACCAUAGAUGUGAUGUAUGGAGUUGUGAAAGACGCAGUCGAGGGUACUAUUGCUAUUGAAGUUCUACACGGAGACUUUAAUGGAAAGAUCACUGCUCAGACCACCAGUAUCCUGAACAGCAUUGUGCUUUACGAUAGUCAAGUGGUUGGUCGCAUGAAUGGAGAUGGUAUUGGAGUUAUCAAGCUUUUGCAGUCCAUCAUAUGCGUCUAUGUGAAGGAUAUGUUGAUGAUCGUUGUCCAAACUAGUGGUGUUAAGACUAAACAAACCAUUGAAUUUACUCCCAAGAUCAAUGGUAGAGAAGAAGAAGAUAUGACUGUUGGCGUCACUAAGAUGCGUGUGAAGGUUGCUUGGUCAAUAAUGGACUUUUGAGUAAUCUCUUGGGUUGACUCA